AUGGGACAGGAGCUGCGGAUGCUUGCCCUGCUGAGUCCUGCCCUUCACCCUGGGAGCCACACGGCACCUCGUGUUGUGAACGUGAAUACGGAGGAGGGACUCGGUCACAGGAGCCAACGCGGGAACGUGGCUGCCGCUGCUCCCUCCGCAGAGCCUGGUGUGCAGCGGGCGCUCAACAAACUACCGAAGAGCAAAGCCCAGGAGACCACAGGACGUUCGCACGCCACUCUCAGUUCCCCUUACUGUUACGAGAGACGGACAGCUGAAAGCAAGAGGAAGCAUCUCCACACCAGCUGUGGAAACGCCGCAGGAGAGCGCUGCUUGGCCGGAGCGUGUCGCGGGCCCACAGCUGUCCCGGGUCCGCUGAGACCCGGCCUGGCCCCCUACCCUGUGCCGCCGCCCCAGGCCGCUCCCCUGCGGGAAAACGCGUACGGUCCGCUCGCAAGCUGCGGGGUGCGGACGGCCGGUGCCCGACCCGGGCUGCCCCUGUCCCGCAGGAGACCGAGGGCAGAAGCCGCAGGCGCGCCGCCUACGGGGGCGGCCCCCGCAGCGCCGAGGCCGAGCCGGCCCAGCGCCCGGGAAGGCAGCUGGGAAGCAGGUGCAGAAAGCAGGUGCGGAGCCGCGCGGGCCUGGAGACGGGGGGGGCGCUCGACGGCCGCACCCGGGCGCCGCAGGUGCCCACGGGCCGGCUCUCGGCCGAGGAGGCCACCUGCGAGGGCCCUCCUGUCCCGCCAGCUCGGGGGGCGACCCCCAGGCUGGAGACGAGCGCCAGCUCGAGAGCAGACACGACCACGGCCCACGCUCGUCGCGGCUCUCAUUCAAGCCCCGGUUCCCGCGCCCGCUCGGGGUCCCCGUCGCCCUCCCCGCCCGCCGCCAGCCCCGAGAGCCCCCGCCGCGGAAGGACGCGCUGACCUUGCCAGCCCGCAGCGUCGUCCCUCGAAGCACAGCCCCUACGACCGCUCGCGGCCGGAAGCGGAGCGACGGAAGCCGAGAACCGACGAGAGGCCCGUGCCCAAACCUAACAUGGCCCCCCAAGCCUAG